AUGGCAGAGCCAGAGGUUGCUACGAAAGCUCCUGAGAGCGAUGCUCUCGAAGACAGCCCUAUUCCCGGUGAUACCCCAGCUCAGAAAGGCGUCACGAUGGGAGAGCAUUGUGUCACAGACAGGCCAACUCCUAGUGGAACCGGGCCGACAGGUGAAAUCAGGAAGCUCGGCGACGUCGAUGUCUACGUCUCAAAACCGAGCGAAUACCCUCACGUACCAGCAAAGCUGCUGCUGCUCCUGACCGGCGGUACUGGCCUGAAGUCGACCAACAACCAGAUCCAGGCAGACAAGUUUGCAAGCGAGGGUUUUGUGGUUGUUAUGCCAGAUCUAUUUGAAGGUGAUGCGGCACCCAACUCCACGACGAUUCAGGAGGAGGAAGGCAAUGGUGCUUCGCUCUCCUUCCUCGACCAGUUCAAGGUCAAGGCGGCUGAGACUGCAAAGUCCUUCUUGAUCGACAUGUGGCUUGCACGGCACACAGAGGAGAAGGUCAUGCCCAUACUACACAAAGUGAUAGACGCAAGCAAGGACGAGUUCGCUGAUGCGGUCUCGAAUGGCGGCGGCAUCUAUGCAGCAGGAUACUGCUUCGGUGGCCGGUAUAUCUUGCUGCUAGCUUCGGAGCGAGCUCCGGUCACUGCUGGUGCUUUGUGGGGUCAGAAACCGGCUGACGAAGAAGCGGGACUGGUGAAGCAGGGCCCGUUCAUCAAGGCCGGUGCAUUGGCGCACGCGACUCUUGUCUCGACAGAGGACUUUCAGGGUUUGAAAUCCCCUAUCAGCCUGGUAUGUGUGGAGAGCGACCCGUUGUUCCCAGAUGAAGUACGGGCAGCUGGAGAGGACUACUUGUCGAAGAAUAAUCUGGAACAUGAGGUCCAGGUCUACCCAGGGGUUCCUCAUGGGUUUGCCGUUGUUGGUGAUUAUGAAGAUGCUACCAUCAAGACGGCUCAGAGCACAGCAUUCGAUCAGAUGUUGAAGUGGCUCAAGGAGCAUUAG